CUGUAUCCCAGCUUUGACACAAAAAGCUGGUUUUUAUUACACAAGCGAUUCCUCCUGGAAUCAGACACGGAGCAGCAGGCUCAGGACUAAGUCUGCACUGGAGGAAAUUAACAGCGAGGGAGAAGCGCUAAUCACACCUCCGUGUGGGAGCCAGCUCCCGGGAGCAGCGUGUGCCGCCAGCCCCAGGAUAUUCCCUGCCUCCAACCUGAAGUGAUCCCUCCUGGAACGGUUCAGUCGCGCCUGCAGUUCACCUUUGCCUGCAGUUAACCAGCGUGCAAUUUGGGUUUAAUGGAGCUGGGUUUAUUGUUCCUCUUUGGACUUACGAUUACGUCGACUGCAGGGAGCGCGCUGCCCCGGCCCCGCUCCGCGCUGCCGGCGGCCGGCCCGGGACACCGCGAGCGCGACGAGAGCGGAGCGGCGGCGGCCGCGGGCGGCAGGGCCAGGGCGGACGGCGGAGCGCUGCGGCACCGGGCCCGCCGCUGCACUUGCUACACCUACAAGGACAAGGAGUGCGUGUACUACUGCCACCUCGACAUCAUCUGGAUCAACACCCCCGAGAGGACUGUGCCAUAUGGACUGUCUAACUACAGAGGCAGCUUCAGAGGCAAAAGGUCCACAGAGCAGAGUCAGAGUGCUCCCCAGUCCUCACUCCGGUGCUCCUGCUGGGAUGCUCACGACAAGCAGUGUUUGCAGUUUUGCAGAAGGAUGCAGGACAGAAGGAGAAAUCAUGGAUCAAUGAAAAAGACAGAGGAGAAAGACCAAUGCAGGGAAGAGGAACACAAUUUUGUUCAGUAGCACAGAGAGUCUGGAGGAUUCUGAACAAUCAGCUUUAACAUUUAUUUGCUGGAGCUCAGAAACAAGAACUUAAACUACAACUCUCCCUUGAGAUGGACAAACUUGAUGCUUCAGUGUGAUGCCAGUGGAGAAUUCCGCAGCAGGCAACACUUGCAUUUCAGCAGUGCCCCUCUGAGGGCAUGGGAACCUGGAUGAAGAAGCUUUUC